AGCUCAUACGAAUACCUUCAUAGCUACUGUAUCACGUGAUCCACCCACCGAACAGCAAUGACCUCUCUUGUUAGCUAACGGGAGCUAACCAGCUGAACAGGCAUUUCCAGAUCAAAGAGCUCCAGAGCAAUGGAUCAGACUAAACAAGAUGAGGAUUACGGAUAUGAGCUGUUCCCGGAGAGACACGAAGGGAUGCACAAGAAGUCGCCGUUUAAAGAAGCCCUGACCACGUUCAACCACAAGUGUCAAUUCAUGUUACAGGUUGCAAUGGAAACCAGUCCGUAUGCCAAACUCCUUCUCAGUGCCAUGAACAACUCAGGAUGCAAAGUGUCUAAAGACCGACAUUUCUCCUGUGAGGACUGUGAUGGGUCGGUUAGCGGUGGCUUUGAUGCAGCUUCCUCUCAGGUCGUUUUGUGUCAGAACAACAUCCACCAGCAGGCUCAUAUGAACCGGGUAGUGACUCACGAGCUCAUCCAUGCCUUCGACCACUGUCGCGCCCACGUGGACUGGUUCAACAACUUCAGACAUCUGGCUUGCUCUGAGAUUCGAGCAGCUAACCUCAGUGGAGACUGCUCUUUUACCAAUGAGGCUUCCAGAUUUCACUUGGGCUUAAAGGAGCAUCACCAGGAAUGUGUACGGGGCCGUGCCUUGCGCUCGAUCCUGGCAGUGAGGAAAAUCAGCCGAGAGGAGGCUCAGAAAAUCGUGGAUGAGGUCUUUGACUCGUGUUUCAACGAUCACGCGCCCUUCGGUCGGAUCCCACAUAGCAAGAAGGACGCAAAGUUUGCCUACAGGGAUUAUAUGAACAGAAGUCGAUAUUACGCAAACCUUUAGUGUUUGUUUCAUCGUUGUUUUCCUCAAGGUGCUCUGGCAGGUGACACCACCGUUGACGGUUGCGCCUUGGUCAGCAUGAAAUAGUUAAACCAACCAUGUCUCUUUAGAAGGGAUAGUCUGAAGCCCUUUUCACACAUCAGCACAACUAGGAAGGAAGGCACCUCUGUGCUGCUGUAGUUCCACUUUACUCAUUUAUACCUGUUGAGCUUUUGGGUCAGAGAUAACUGACUCCGCCUCCUUUUAAAAUGACACUAAAGCUCAGCUAGAGGGGCCGCGUGAAAAGGGCCAGUGAUUGAUUUGUCCCUGGGACAAAAACCUGAAACAGACAAGACUCUGGUGUGAAAGGAUUGUGCAGACUGACAUCUGGGAUUUAUUUAUUGAUUUAUUUGAACCGAUCAGUGGGUGCUUUACAGGAAAUCCGAGACUUUCUUUCUGUCCAUCAAUGUUUGCUGUGAAAGUCGUGUGUAGACCUCCCAGGAUUCCUUGCUGCCACGCUGGUUUUAACACAGAAGUCCAGUGACCAGAGCUGGUUGUGCUUGAUAGAAAAUAUGAAAUUAGAUUUCAAUUAAAGUUUAACUUUGUUUCUUA